AUGAAGAGCAGGGUCAAGUCCCCCGGGUCCACGCCCUCCAUGGAGGGAGCCAGGCAGCGCAAGGACCAGUCCCCACCCGGCCGGUUAACUCCUCACGCCAGGCUGGAGCAGCGGGCAGGCUCCGGGUCCAGCGCAUCCUCACCGGGAAGUCCCAUCGUGGCCCCGUCCGGCCUCCAAGCAUCCAACCGGCAUCAGGGGCAUAUCGCAGCCGCCCGCCUCCCGCGCCGGACUAGGGUCGGGCUGGCUGGGAGAGGAGCCCCCCGAACCCUGCACCCCAAACACCGAGCACGUGGCUGGGAGCCGGCUGCUUCUCCCUCCCCGCCCAGCCGGCCCGGCGGAGUCCAGGAGGGUGGCAGGCGGCUCUCCGGAGCGGGGCAGCUGCGCUACUCUCCGCCCGGCAAGUCCCCUCCGGAGCCCAACAGCGGCGGGCGAUCCCCGAGCGCCUCCUCCUCGGGUUCCCACUUCCAGCUCAAAUUCCUCCUGCGGGCAGAUCCUCCUGGCCCUGCUCAGUCCCGGGCGGUCCCCGCAGCCCUCGCCUGCCCUUCGGUGCCCCGAGCGAGCAGGACCCUCCGAGUCCGGUGGCUGCGCUGCGCACGGAGCAGGGGGAGCGCGCUGGGGAAAGGUGCAGCUACUCUCGGGGCUCAGCAGAAGAUGCGAAGGGAGGAGCCCGGCUGGGGCGGAGCCCGGCGCAAAGGAGGCAGCCGGGUGGCGGCAACCACCUCCAUCACCACCUCCACCUCCAUCACCACGUCCAUCAGCACAACCACCUCCAUUACCACUUCCACCUCCACCAGCACCUCCAUUACCACCUCCAUCUCAACCAGCACCUCCACCUCCAUUACCACCUCCAUCAGCCCCUCCACCUCCAUCAGCACAACCACCUCCAUCAGCACCUCCACCAUCACCUCUACUAGUACCUCCAUGAGCACAACCACCUCCAUCAACACCUCCACCAGCACCUCCACCUCCAUCAGCACAACCACCUCCAUCAGCACCUCCACCAUCACCUCUACUAGUACCUCCAUGAGCACAACCACCUCCAUUACCACCUCCAUCAGCCCCUCCACCUCCAUCAGCACAACCACCUCCAUCAGCACCUCCACCAUCACCUCUACUAGUACCUCCAUGAGCACAACCACCUCCAUCAACACCUCCACCAGCACCUCCAUUAGCACCUCCACCUCCACCAGCUCCUCCAUCAGCACCUCCGUCAGCACCUCCAUCAGCACAAGCACCUCCACCAGCACAACCACCUCCACCAGCACCUCCAUGAGCACAACCACCUCCAUCAGCACCUCCAACAGCACAACCACCUCCAUCACCACCUCCGUCAGCACAACCACCUCCAUAAGCACUUCCACCUCCACCACCACCUCCAUCUCCACCAGCACCUCCACCUCCAUUACCACCUCCAUCAGCCCCUCCACUUCCAUCAGCACAAGCACCUCCAUCAGCACCCCCAUCACCACCUCCACCAGCACCUCCAUGAGCACAACCACCUCCAUUAGCACCUCCACCUCCACCAGCUCCUCCAUCAGCAUCUCCGUCAGCACUUCCAUGAGCACAAGCACCUCCACCAGCACGUCCAGCAGCACAAAUACCUCCAUCACCACCUACACCAGCACCUACACCUACACCAGCACCUCCAUUACCACCUCCAUCUCCACCAGCACCUCCACCUCCAUUAGCACAAGCACCUCCACCAGCAUCUCCAUCAGCACAAUCACCUCCAUCAGCACCUCCAUUACCACCUCCAUCAGCAUCUCCACCUCCACCAGCACCUCCAUGAAAAUCACCACCUCCAUCAGCACCUCCAUCAGCACAACAACCUCCAUUAGCACCUCCACCUCCACCAGCACCUCCAUUACCACCUCUAUCUCCACCAGCACCUCCACGUCCAUUACCACCUCCAUCAGCCCCUCCACCUCCAUCAGCACAACCACCUCCACCAGCACCUCCAUGAGCACAACCACCUCCAUCAGCACCUCCAACAGCACAACCACCUCCAUCAGCACCUCCACCUCCAUCAGCAGCUCCAUUAGCACCUCCACCUCCACCAGCUCCUCCACCAGCACCUCCACCAGCACCAGCACCUCCAUUACCACCUCCAUCUCCAACAGCACCUCCACCUCCAUUAGCACAAGCACCUCCACCAGCAUCUCCACCAGCACAAUCACCUCCAUCAGCACCUCCACCUCCACCAGUUCUUCCAUCAGCACCUCCAUCAGCACAACCACGUCCAUCCCCACCUCCACCAGCACAAUCACCUCCAUCAACACCUCCACCUCCAUCAGCACAAGCACUUCCACCAGCACUUCCAUAAGCAUAACCACCUCCACCAGCAUCUCCACCUCCUUCACCACCUCCAUCAGCACAACCACCUCCAUCAGCACCACCUCCAUCAACACCUCCACCUCCAUCACCACCUCCACCUCCAUCAGCACCACCAGCUCCUCCAUCAGUACCUCCACCUCCACCAGCACCUCCAUUACCACCUCCAUCAGCACCUCCACCUCCGUCACCACCUCCACCUCCAUCAGCACAACCACCUACAUCAGCACCCCACCCAUCAACACCUCCACCUCCAUCACCACCUCCACCUCCAUCAGCACAACCACCUCCAUCACCACCUCCACCUCCACCAGCUCCUCCAUCAGCACCUCCGUCAGCACAAGCACCUCCACCAGCACCUCCAUCUGAACAACCAUCUCCAUCACCACCUCCACCUCCACCAGCACCUCCAUCAGCACCUCCACCUCCAUCAGCACAACCACCUCCAUCAGCACCUCCACCACCACGUCUACCAGCACCUCCAUCAGCACCUCCACCUCCACCAGCACCUCCAUCAGCACAAACACCUCCAUCACCACCUCCACCAGCACCUCCAUUACCACCUCCAUCUCCACCAGCACCUCCACCUCCAUUAGCAACUCCACCUCCACCAGCUCCUCCAUCAGCACCUCCGUCAGCACAAGCACCUCCACCAGCAUCUCCAUCAGAACAACCAUCUCCAUCACCACCUCCACCUCCACCACACCUCCACCUCCUUCACCACCUCCAUCAGCACAACUACCUACAUCACCACCUCCAUCUCCAUCAGCACAACCACCUCCAUUAGCAACUCCACCUCCCACCUCCAUCAGCACAAGCACCUCCACCAGCACCUCCAUCAGCACAAACACUUCCAUCACCACUUCCACCUCCACCAGCACCUCCAUUACCACCUCCAUCUCCAACAGCACCAGCAUCUCCAUCAGCACCUCCACCUCCAUUAGCACAAGCACCUCCACCAGCAUCUCCACCAGCACAAUCACCUCCAUCAGCACCUCCACCUCCAUCAGCACAAGCACUUCCACCAGCACCUCCACCUCCACCAGCUCCUCCAUCAGCACCUCCGUCAGCACCUCCAUCAGCACAAGCACCUCCACCAGGACCUCCAUCAGCACAAACACCUCCAUCACCACCUCCACCAGCACAACCACCUCCAUCAGCACCUCCAUCUCCAUUAGCACCUCCAUCUCCAUCAGCACCUCAGUUAGCACCUCCACCUCCACCAGCUCCUCCAUCAGCACCUCCGUCAGCACCUCCAUCAGCACAAGCACCUCCACCAGCACCUCCAUUACCACCUCCAUCUCCAACAGCACCUCCACUUCCAUUAGCACAAGCACCUCCACUAGCAUCUCCAUCAGAACAACCAUCUCCACCAGCACCUCCAUCAGCACAACCACCUCCAUCAGCACCCCCACCAGCACCUCCAUCAGCACCUCCACCUCCAUCAGCACAACCACCUCCAUCAGCACCCCCACCACCACGUCUACCAGCACCUCCAUUACCACCUCCAUCUCCAACAGCACCUCCACCUCCAUUAGCACAAGCACCUCCAUCAGCACCUCCGUUACCACCUCCAUCAGCACCUCCACCUCCGUCAGCACCUCCACCAGCACUGGUUUGACUUCAGCUGCAUUUUUGGUACAGACGCAGUAUUAA